UUUGUCAAAAAUAAAAAUACCAACUCUCGGGGGGUUUAAGUAGCACAGAUGGGGUGCCAAUAGCGAAAAAAGCAGCACUAACAUGAAGACGCGACUCGCCACAGAUGAAGCUGAGUAGCAUAGUUAGCAGAAGUGACAUUGUGGAGAAGAAAGGCAACUACAUACACACACACACCCGUACUUCUCUCGUUUCAGUGCGUAUCGCUCACUAUUUCGGAACUUCAGUUGAAUCAUUUUCCACGUUCGGAACCCCAAAACAAAUCAAAGUAAGGCUUCAUUUGUUAAAGUUUGGGAUAUUCUCUGUGUUUUGACCCUUGAGCACUAGCUGUUUGAUAAAAUAAUCCAACCAUUAGUUUCCAUUUAUUUGAAAUUAAUGUUUUCCAACCCUUGAGCACUAUCUCGACGAUGAUUCUGACACUCUUUGACACAGCUGAACAGAGAAACAGACUCCUCGUUCUAGAUAAAUAGAUGAAUUUCCGUUGAGAACGUUGUGAAGUUACGAAAAUGCUGUUUCUCCAAACCACUGUCUUACCUAGACGCUUCUCACCUUUUUGUGAUGCUACUUUGCAUCCAUUGUCAUCACUUAAUGUUCAAAAUCCUAUGUUGGAAUGUGCUCACAGUUUUUCUCAUUAUUCCCCUGUACCUAGCAACCGCACUGUAAAGUCUAUAUCAUGCUCUGUUUCUAGAAAGUCCCAUUCAAAACCUGAGCCUGAACCACCCGAACCUGAAGCUAAUUCGAACCAAAGAGCAGGGCCUAAGGCGAGAAGCAGAAGUCACCAACCUAAAGAUGUGGAAUCCAGUAACGACGAUAAAAGUUCAGCAGAGACAUUCCCCACAACGAUUCCCAGGAAGCCGAGGCGUGGUCGUAGAAGUGAAGCAGUGGCAGUGGAAGAUUUUGUACGCGAUUCGCUCGAGCGCACGUUUGCUGCAAUUCGGGAACAAAACAAGGAUGCUUUGGAGAGUCAUGAAAAUAUAAUGAAGGAGAGGGAUGGUGACAGUUCUAAAUCUGAAAGCAGCGAUAAGGACGAUGACAAUGAUGAUGAAGAGGAAGAUGGCGGAGAAGGCGUAAGAAAUAAGAUGGUGAUUGAGGAAGAGAGUAAAAACUGGCCAUUGGAUGCAGAUGUUGGGUGGGGAAUAAGAGCUUCUGAGUAUUUUGAGAAGCAUCCAAUCAAGAAUGUGGUGGGAGAAGAUGGGUAUGAAAUUGACUGGGAAGGGGAGAUUGAUGACAACUGGGUGCAAGAGAUCAACUGUUUGGAAUGGGAGAGUUUUGCUUUCCAUCCCAGCCCUUUAAUUGUCCUUGUCUUUGAACGCUAUAACAGGGCAUCUGAUAACUGGAAAAAUUUGAAAGAGCUGGAGAAAGCAGUAAAGGUAUUUUGGAGUGCAAAAGAUCGGUUGCCUCCCCGGGCGGUUAAGAUAGAUAUCUAUAUCGAGAGAGAUUUGGCAUACGCCCUGAAAGUUAGAGAAUGUCCUCAAAUUUUAUUUUUACGGGGUAACAGGGUCGUGUACAGGGAAAAAGAACUCAGAACUGCGGAUGAGCUGGUUCAGAUGAUUGCAUUUUUCUAUUAUAAUGCAAAAAAGCCUGCGUGGAUAGAUGAUAAGGCCCUGUAUUUUCGUUUUUAAUCUUCCCCAAUAUCAUAUAGCCCUUGACAACCUGAAGAUUGUGUGUCUUUGUAAUGAAACAAACAAAAUUGGCAGCAAUUUUUUUUUUUUGUAUAAAAAAUAUCUAAGCAAAACAAUCCUGGACUACCAAAUUUAGAAAUUUUAAGUAGAACAAUAGACAUUCAUAUUCAUUGUUUUCUCUUCUACGCAUUAGCUACUGAGUUUAAAGUCCCUUGGA